CAUGGUGGCCACCGAGGGGCUGCGCGAGAUGGAGGGCAGCGCGCUGCGCCGGCUCGUGGGCCGCGACGAGGCCGGGGCCGGCGGCGCCGCGCGGUGCCUGGUGCUGGACUGCCGCCCCUUCCUGGCGCACAGCGCCGGGCACAUCCGCGGGGCGCUCAACGUGCGCUGCAACACGAUCGUGCGGCGGCGGGCCAAGGGCGCCGUGAGCCUGGAGCAGAUCCUGCCGGCCGAGGGCGAGGUGCGGGCGCGGCUGCGGGCCGGGCUCUACGCCGCCGUCGUGGUGUACGACGAGCGCAGCCCGCGCGCGGAGGCCCUGCGCGAGGACAGCACCGUGGCGCUCGUGGUGCGCGCGCUCCGUCGCGACACGGCGCGCGCCGACAUCCGCCUCCUGGCAGGGGGCUAUGAGCGCUUCUCCUCGGAGUACCCUGAAUUCUGCGCAAAAACCAAGUCCCUGAGCAAUGUGUCACCCCCCACCAGCGCUGAGCCCCUGGAUCUGGGCUGCAGUUCCUGUGGGACCCCCUUCCACGACCAGGGUGGGCCUGUGGAGAUCCUUCCCUUCCUCUACCUUGGCAGCGCCUACCACGCAGCCCGGCGGGACAUGCUCGACGCGCUGGGCAUCACAGCCCUGCUGAACGUCUCCUCAGACUGCCCCAACCACUUCGAGGGGCACUACCAGUACAAGUGUAUCCCCGUGGAGGAUAACCACAAAGCUGACAUCAGCUCCUGGUUCAUGGAGGCAAUCGAGUACAUUGACUCAGUGAAGGAGUGCUGUGGCCGUGUCCUGGUGCACUGCCAGGCUGGCAUCUCCCGCUCGGCCACCAUCUGCUUGGCGUACCUGAUGAUGAAGAAGCGCGUCAAGCUAGAGGAGGCCUUCGAGUUUGUCAAGCAGCGCCGGAGCAUCAUCUCCCCCAACUUCAGCUUCAUGGGGCAGCUGCUGCAGUUCGAGUCGCAGGUGUUGGCCACUUCAUACGCAGUGGAGGCCGUCAGCCCCUCGGGGACGCUGCGGGAGCGGGGCAAGGCCACCUCCACCCCCACCUCGCAGUUUGUCUUCAGCUUCCCGGUGUCUGUCGGUGUCCAUGCCACCCCCAGCAGCCUCCCCUACCUGCACAGCCCCAUCACCACGUCGCCCAGCUGUUAGCUCAGGGCCGAGGCCAGCCGGGCAGGCAGUGCCAGGCGUGCAGGGGCGCGGAGCCCCGUGAUGUUAAGCAAUAGUGCCGGACGCUGCCAUUCACCCUGGACUCGGCAUCUUUUUCGUAGAGAAAUUUCUUACCUCAUCUUGGUUUGUUUGCUUUUUGUUAUGUUUUGAGAGCACGAAGUUGUAAAAGCCACAAACCUUGACACUGUCCAGGCUCUUUGGGGGAGGAAAAAAAUAGUAUACUGGGUUUCCUCAAGUGCCUGGUCUUCACGUGUUUCCAUCCCUAUUUUACUGUCUUGUUUU